AUGUGCUGCCUUUACCCUCCUUUCCGCCCUUUUCCCCCGCGCGUUGUCUUUCCAUGCCGUUGCUCCCUUCUCAUUCUCUCAUGCAGUUUUCUCUUGGUGCCCCUUCUCUUUGCGGUUUGUCGUGGCAAUCCUCGUCGAUUGUGCCUCACUGUGGGCACCUCACUCGCCGCUCGCGCAACACAAGUACACUUCAUUAGCAGCAGGCCCGACGCUGAAGGUGCACGGCUCACUUAUCUCGGGAGGACUGAGCGGCGAAGGAAAAGAGAAGCAGAUGGUGGAGUGUGGUACUGCUGCUUUCCGUUUACUCGCUGUCUCUCUCUCCCUCGGCCUCUCUUGUUUUCUCUAAGCUCUUCAUCAAUCUUGCUCUUCUCACAAAUGGCGCUCACUGUAACUUCGUCAUCUGCUCCGUCAGGCGGGGCAGAGGCUGUGUACUGGAAUCUGCACGGCCACCUCGAGGACGUCGUGUGUGCCGCCGCGCAUGGCCGCGUGUGCGCAACCGGCGAUGUUGACGGGGCAGUGUUGUUGUGGCGCUUUGCUGGGGCCGUGCCAGAGCACGUCUGCUGCAUGAACACGGGAGGACCUGCAGUAGUAGACGUGGCGUGGAGCGGCGCCACAGCGCUGCUGGUUGCUCAAGGGGACGGGUGCGCCACCGUCUGGGAUGUCGAGAAGGGUGCACGGCUGCGUACCAUCUCUAGGUACGCCGUCAAGGGUCGAUGUGCGUGGCCGGUGGUAAACUGCGUGGCGGCGACAGGACGCGACUCGUUUGUGUUUGGCGGCGAUGACGGCUACCUUGUCACAGCGGACAAGCGAAGCGACAAGGUCGUGGCGGGUGUACACAUCGCCGUUCCCCUCACAAGCGCCACGACUACCGGUUUCUCUCUAUUUGUCGGAGACGUGUGCGGGACGCUGCACUGGUUCGACACCCGGGCGGGGUCGAGGGAGAUGGAGCGCAUUGUCUGUGGCUCUGCCGGGAUCACCAGUAUCAUAGCGGACCCUCUGCAAGAUCGAGUGGUAACGUACUCGAUGAGUGGGACGGUGCAGGUAACUGAUACGCAGCCCUUUGCAUUGUUAUCGUCGGAUCGCCUGCUGGGUGCGACAGAGCUGGGCGUGAAUGAGCGCCAAGUCCUGUUGCGUGGCGCGUGGGUGCCGCGUUCUGACGCUGUAGUAAUGCCAAGCGGCAAGGGCAAUGUCGUAUCCGUCUCCGCGAAUGACGUUGUGGGAGGGGUGACGCGCACGGUGCACGCAGGCCGCACUGGGUCGGCGAUGAACGUAAGUGUCUGCGUGGACGAUGAGUACGUAGUCUGCAGCGGUGAUGGUGGCGAGGUGGCGGCGUACCAGUGGUAG